CGCAGGGUCUGCAGAUGUAGACUAUUUCCAAAAUCCGCUGGAUUUCGAUGAUGUUCACCAUGGCCUGGUCUUUGGGAUUCAGACAGCAAAAGAGUCAAUCAGGAAUGACCGAAAAUGACCUUGUUUUUUCAUGGUUGUCAGAUGUUUCCAAAGAGCACCCUGUUUACACGAGAGAUGACUUCUGCUCAAAACCUGCAGCAGAGAAGCCGGUCAAAAUUCGUCCUCCAACCCCCAAGACCCCCACCACAAGGCAACCGGCUGUCCGUAGUUUGUCCUGUGAACCACUACCCAAACCAAUAAUUCACAGAAGGGCCCAGUCUUUGCCCUCACCUCCUGAAAGACGGAGACAGAUUCGGAGAGCUGGGGUGCGAUUUGUGGACUCUUUGGGAGUUGAACUGGAGAAUGUGAAGGUUUUCAGUGCUGGUGAGAACCCUUCUGUGCCACAACAUGUUCUAUUCAGGCUUUUGAUGAACUCUGAACUAGCAGGAGGCAAAAAGUUGGAGAUAUCGCUUCCACUUUUGAAGCCCAUGUUUCCUGAAAAACCAGCCGAUCACCCUUCCUUCUCUGAACACCUGUGUCACCAAAAAGUGUGCCUGGAACAGGUUUUGUGCAAUGAGAUGGGCAUCACAGGCAUUGUUCAGGUUCUCAACCUGGCAUUUGAGAAAGAGAUCAAAGUGCGUUACUCUUUCACAAAUUGGAAGAGCUUCUCAGAGACCAAGGCACACUGGGUUUCCAAUAAGCCCAUGGAGAACGUUCCAAAUGGGCCAAGCUGUGACACUUUUUGCUUCCACCUACCUGUUCCUCCUUUUAUCUUAACUCCUGGAGCUAUCCUGGAAUUUGCAAUAUGUUACAAAGUGUUGGGCACGGAGUUCUGGGACAACAAUGGGGGACAGAACUACAAACUGGUCUGCCACAGCUACAAGCUGACAGUUCCCAAGGAAUGUGAAGACAGUAUGAUCCAUUUUAUCUGA